AUGCCAUUCCAUCUGUCUGAGAAGCUGUCGAAACUUAUACACAAGGGACAUGGAUCGUCAGAGCAUGUGUCGGUAGGAUAUUUCCCGAACUGGUCUAUUUACCAGAAGGGAUAUAAGCCGGAGCAUGUACCGUUUCAAUACCUGACUCACAUAUUGUAUGCGUUUGCAAAUGUGAACCCAGACACAGGUGAUGUAUACUUGUCGGAUGAAUGGGCCGACCGACAAAUCAAGUAUGAUGGAGAUGAGGAUGUAGGAGAAUCGCCAAUGCAUGGCAACCUGAACCAAUUCCUACAGCUCAAAAAGAAGCACAGGCACCUCAAAACACUACUGUCUAUCGGCGGCUGGUCCUAUUCGGGCAAUUUCCAAUGUCUAACCGAUAAGCAGAAACGAGAAAGGUUUGUGCAGUCUGGCGUAAAGAUUCUCGCGGACUGCGGCUUCGAUGGUCUCGAUAUUGACUGGGAGUACCCGCAAUCAGAUCAAGAGGCUAAAACGUACGUGGACUUGCUUUCCAUGCUGCGUGAUGCCCUCGACAAGUACGGCCAACGUGCUACGCCUGAGAACCCACACUAUUUGCUCACGAUUGCUGCGCCAAGCUCGCCACAGCAAUAUCAAAUUCUCCGGUUGAAAGAAAUGGAUAAGUUUCUAGACUUUUGGAAUUUGAUGGCAUACGAUUUCAGUGGCAGCUGGGACCAGACAGCGAAUCACCAAGCCAACCUGUACGGUGGUGCGAUCUCCGUAUCAAAAGCGGUCGAGGACUACAAACAUGGCGGCGUGCCAAUGAACAAGCUAGUGAUGGGCAUCCCGCUCUAUGGGCGUGGCUUUCUUGGCACAGCUGGACCGGGUCAGCCAUAUGAGCGAGUAAGCGAGACACCCGAAGGCACGUUCCUGUACAAGGACCUUCCGACGCGUAAUGCGCAGGAACACUUUGACGAGCGCGCUGGUGCUUCGUGGUCAUACGAUGGCCGAGAAUUCAUUUCGUACGAUUCGCCACAGGCUGCAUGUGCGAAGGCCGAGUAUAUCAAGAAGCAUGGCAUGCGUGGCGCCAUGUUCUGGGAGCUUAGUGGUGAUGCCGCCCAUGGCCACGAACGCUGUAUUGUGCACUGUGUGGCGAAUGCGAUGGGACAUUUGGACUCGUCUGAGAACCAUAUCGUUUAUCCUGAAAGUGUGCAUUCGAAUCUGCGUGGAUGA